UAUAGUUACACUACAUGUGCAUCUUCCUUCCCAUGUGCAACCCCAAAGCAGAGAGACCUAAAAAGUCAGCUCUCAUUAUCACUGUCUGGGAACCAUGGUAGCUUCAUCUUUGAUCUCAGCAGUCACAAGAAGGCUGGAAGGGAAGGUAGCUCUAAUUACUGGAGGAGCUAGCGGUAUUGGGAAAUGCACUGCUAAAGUCUUUGCACAUCACGGAGCCAAAGUUGUGAUUGCUGAUAUCCAAGAUGAAUUGGGGCAUUCAGUUUGUGAGGCCGUAGGCCCCUCAAACUGUUCCUACGUUCACUGCAAUGUCACGGACGAAGACCAAAUAAAAAAUGCUGUUGACAAGGCUGUGGCUACUCAUGGCAAGCUAGACAUCAUGUUCAACAAUGCCGGCAUAACUGACCCUAUCAAGGCGCGCAUAAUCGACAACGAAAAAUCAGAUUUUGAACGUGUUCUUAGUGUAAACGUGACUGGCGUUUUCCUAGGGAUUAAGCACGCAGCUAGGGUGAUGGUUCCUGCUCGAAAUGGUAGCAUAAUUUCAACUGCUAGCGUAAGCUCCACGGUUGGUGCUGCUGCUACACAUGCUUAUUGUGCUUCCAAGCAUGCUGUCCUGGGGCUUACCAGAAAUGCUGCUGUCGAGCUGGGGCAGUUUGGGAUUAGAGUUAACUGCCUGUCUCCCUUUGCUCUCGCAACGCCUUUAGCAACGGAAGUCUUGGGGAUUAAUGAUGAGGAGCUUGAGAAAGGGAUGGGUUUGGUAGCUAACCUUAAGGGCGUGACUCUUAAGGCAGAAGAUAUAGCAAAUGCAGCUCUUUAUCUAGCAAGUGAGGAGGGAAGAUAUGUUAGUGGGCACAAUCUCUUCGUAGAUGGCGGCUUUACUAUUUUUAACCCCUCAUUGAGUAUGUUCCAAUACCCUGACAACUCUUGAGUAAAUAUUUGCUAUUAGAAAUCCAUGUUUCGUUGUGUUAAAUGUGGCUUCUAAGUUGUAUUAAGGAUUUUAAUUAAAAAUAUUGGGAGUUAUCUUUUAUUGUU